AUGUGGAAUCGGUUCACAAAUUUCGCCACGAGAAGGUUUCUGUCUGCCUCUCAAAAAGCAUGGCUGGAUCAUCCUGCUGGGCCAAAGACAGUCUUUUUCUGGGCGCCUGCGUGGAAAUGGGCCCUUGUUUUUGCCGGAAUUGGUGAUUAUUUCAGACCGGCUGAAAAACUGUCACUGAAUCAAUCCGCUUCCCUCACCGCCACUGGCUUCAUUUGGAGCCGUUACUCAAUGGUGAUCAUUCCGAAAAACUACGUUUUAUUUUCCGUCAAUCUCGCACUCGGGCUAACUGGAGCGAUGCAGGUCGGCCGAAUUCUCCACUAUCAAACAACAGACGAAUACAAAGCCAAACAAGCUCAACAGUCAUGA